CGUGACAGACAGCGCAGUAGUGUGGAGUCCAAAGACUCUCGCGGCUAUUUAAUCGCACCGCCGGCUCGUCAUUGUUUAUUCUUAACCUCAUGCAUUGAAAUGGUGAUCUUAUCUAAGGAACGUCAACCAAACGGCUCGCUGUGCCUCCUCUCCGGCUGAUUAUUAGUCGCCAUUGCGCAGUCAAUGUUAUUAAGAGUGUUUGCGCUCGCGUUGGUGCGCGUCGCUGCAGAUCAGUAGAGCACUAACCCUAGAGGUCUGUUUACACUGAGGAAGCCUUAAAUUAAGCCUUUAUCUCCAUAACCGACCCACAGAGGGACACUGACACCAUGUUUGAAACCAGAGGAAUCCCCUUUAUAUUGCUUGACGUCGCGUGCCUAAUACUCGCUGGCCUCCCGCUUGCAGCAUUUAACCUGGUUAAAAUCAAACCGUAUCAGCGGGGCUUUUUCUGUAAUGAUGAGAGCAUCAGCUAUCCCUUCCACUCCAGCACAGUCACCUCUACUGUGCUCUACACAAUGGGCUUCACACUUCCAAUUUGUAUUAUGAUCAUAGGGGAGUGCCUUUCAGUCCAUCUAAACCACGUCAAAUCAAAGUCUUUCUGCAACAGUUAUGUGGCCUGUAUCUAUAAGGCCCUUGGCACCUUCGUGUUUGGUGCCGCCAUGAGCCAAUCACUCACUGACAUUGCCAAGUAUUCCAUCGGCCGGCUGCGGCCACACUUCCUGGAUGUGUGCAAACCGGACUGGACGAAGAUCAACUGCACAGGAGGGGCUUACAUUGAGGACUUCAACUGCACUGGAGAUUUAACCAAGGUCAACGAGGGAAGACUCUCGUUUUACUCUGGACACUCCUCAUUCUCCAUGUACUGUAUGCUGUUCCUGGCACUUUAUCUUCAAGCGAGAAUGCAAGCUGAAUGGGCACGGCUUCUUCGCCCCACGCUCCAGUUCUUCCUGAUCGCUGCCUCCAUCUAUACGGGACUGUCCCGUGUCUCAGACUACAAACACCACUGGAGUGAUGUACUCGCAGGACUCAUACAAGGAGCCAUCGUGGCUUUACUAGUGGUUUUCUUUGUGUCGGAUUUCUUCAAAAAGAAAGUCGAACCACAGAAGGAGGCAGAGAUCCCACACACCACAUUACAAGAGACACCUACGAACGGAAAUCAUUAUGAAAACCCAAACUAAGCUACGAUGAACCUCUGUUGAUGGGAAGGGGUUUCAGUGUGCACCCACUACGAGGGCAGACCACUAGGGUGGAAACCUGUGAAUGUAACCUUGCUUUAUAUUCUCCAGACGCUCUCUUCUGGGAAUUUCUCUAUGGACACUGUCCCACGUUGCCUUGGCUGGACUGCUUCUGCUGCUAUCACAGCUUCCUGUGUAUCUCUCCAAAAACUAAUAAGUGUACCUCUAUUAAGCCACAAAAGAAAAACCUUUUUUUAAUCUGUAUGAAAAAGAAUCACUAUACAUUUUUUUUUUUAUUAAAAUUGUUAAAAUUAUGUACAUUAUGUUGCGCUUUUAUGAUGGAAACAAAAACCCAUUAUGCUCGUUGACAAACACUAAUAAAACGGUUUCAUGUAAA